AAUUGACGGAAGAGCAAAUUAAAAAAAAGAGAUUGUAAUCCUUGGCAAUGAUGCAAGUGAAAGCAAUUGAAAAUAAGGCAAUUUUGGUUAAUCGCAAUUUAGAGCAAGACUUAUGCUUUAUACAUGCUGGUAUAGGAGAACCUCUAUUAAAGAGAGGGCCAAGCAUGCGUUGAAGUUGUACGAUAUAGGAAGUAAAUACUCAGACUUGACUCUUCCCAGAGCUUCAGUGCUUGUGCCUCUAUUGAUAAAAAAUGAGGAGCUCCACGUCCUGCUCACAGUCAGAUCCAUGAAGUUGCACAGCAGCCAAGGAGAGGUUUGCUUUCCUGGUGGGAAGCAGGAAAAGAAAGACGGAAGUGACAUAGAUACAGCUCUCCGUGAAGCUCAAGAAGAAAUCGGCCUUCCUCCAGAUCAGGUGGAGGUUAUCUGCAAAUUGGUCCCUAUCAUCAACAAGGAUGAUAUUUUGGUAACACCGGUGGUGGCAUUUAUCUCAGAUACCUUCAGGCCACAGCCCAAUGCUGAUGAAGUGAGUGAUGUAUUUAUCCUUCCAUUGUACCACUUCUUAAAGUCAGAGGAGCACUCUUCCACUCCAUACAACUCAGGGAUGUUGCUGCACUUCUUUACGUUUAAAGAUCGGCAGCUGCAAAAGUCAUUCACUAUAUGGGGCUUCACUGCACAGAUCUGUAUUAUCGUGGGCUAUUUAGCCUUAGGACAAAAGCCCUUGUUUAAGGUUGAUUUUGACAUUGAUAAUCCAAUGGCAAGUAUGGAAAAAUAUCUCUUGGCAAAGUAUGCAACUAGUAAGUUAUGAGCAUGUUCAGUACAUUCCCUCUUUCUGUCUUCAAGAGGAUAGGGGUUAAUAUAUUUUAUGAGAUCUUGUGGUUUCACGUGUAAGUUGGUCCACAUUGGCCAUUCUAAUCGUUUACUUCAACAUAUAAUUUUUGUGCUAUCACCUCAAUUUCUGUACUUUUUAGUUUAAUUUACCAUGUUUUCCGUGCUGAUUCUUUGUUGUAAACUGCCAACUAAUUAAAUUGAGUCUUUUGCAAUGUUACCAUAGUUUCUUUAGGAUUGCUGAUGACAUGCUGUGGAUUGAUGUUACCACAGUUUGUUUAGAACUGCUGUUGACAUGUUGUGGAUUGGUAUCUCAGGAACAUUCUCUGUUUAAUAAAAUAUAUACAUCACACACACAGAAAAAUAAUAAAUUAUUUUAGUUAUCAGUAUACUU